UCUCGUACGUACGUGUAUAUAUAACCACCCACUUCACCUCACUCAAACAGAACACACCACUUCCCAAACCAAAAAAACACACACAAUUAAAAAUAUUGUCCGAAAAAAAUGGAGGGCAAGGAAGAAGAUGUGAGACUCGGAGCCAACAAGUUCAACGAGAGGCAGCCGAUCGGAACGGCGGCUCAGACCCAAGACAAGGACUACAAGGAGCCACCUCCCUCGCCGCUCUUCGAGGCGGCUGAGCUCAGCUCAUGGUCUUUUUACCGAGCUGGCAUAGCUGAGUUUAUUGCAACCUUUUUGUUUCUGUACAUCACGGUUUUGACUGUCAUGGGCGUUUCCAAAGCUCCCAACAAGUGCGCUUCUGUCGGGAUCCAAGGAAUUGCGUGGGCUUUCGGUGGCAUGAUUUUUGCUCUUGUUUACUGCACUGCCGGUAUCUCAGGUGGGCAUAUUAAUCCUGCGGUGACCUUUGGAUUGUUUCUGGCGAGGAAGUUGACUUUGACCAGGGCUGUGUACUACAUGGUGAUGCAGUGCUUGGGUGCGAUCUGCGGGGCUGGAGUGGUUAAAGGGUUCGAGGGGAAGAGAGUGUUUACUGAUAAGGGUGGUGGUGCUAAUGUUGUGGCUCAUGGCUACACCAAAGGUGAUGGUCUCGGUGCCGAGAUUGUCGGAACUUUCGUGCUUGUUUACACCGUCUUCUCCGCCACUGAUGCCAAGCGUAGCGCCAGAGACUCUCACGUCCCUAUCUUGGCACCGUUGCCUAUAGGAUUCGCGGUGUUCUUGGUACACUUGGCCACAAUUCCCAUCACCGGAACAGGAAUCAACCCCGCCAGGAGUUUGGGCGCGGCCAUCAUCUAUAACCAGGACCAAGCAUGGCAUGAUCACUGGAUCUACUGGGUAGGACCAUUCAUCGGAGCAGCACUUGCGGCAUUGUACCACGUCGUCGUGAUCAGGGCAAUUCCAUUCAAGUCCAAGUGAUUAACGAAAUAAUCUCAUCCUUAAUUAAGUUUAUUCAUAAGUUUGUAUCUCCUUUGUGUUUGUGUAUUUGUGUUUGUACCUAUUUGGAAGUUGAUUAGUGUGUGGAGGACCAUGUGAGCAAAGAAAGUGAUGUGCAUGUUAUGUGUAACAUGGUCCUUAUGGCCAGGAGAAGAGAACACAUUGAUGAUGUUUAUGAGGUUUUGGGACCAAGCCCAGAAAAGAAGAAGAUAGAAUCAGUGUUGUUAUCAUUGUAGUUGUUUGUGUGGUGGAUAUUGCAACUCAGGAAUUUUAUCACAAAUAAUGCAAGUUUACCUAAGCCA